CGCCGGCGCCUCUCGGGAGUCGGGGAGGCUUAAACUCCGCGAGGAGCUGUUCUGAGUCAGUGCUGCUUCCGUUCCUCCCGUGUAGGCAUCGGGGCUGCUGCUGGGUGCCGCUGCCCGCCCCCCCUGUUGACUCUCUGCUGCUUCACCCCGUCCCAUGGAGCUAGAGGGGCAGUGGUGGAAAGGACAGCUGGCUGCAGACAUCCACCAAGCGCUUCGUUAUAAGGAGCUGAAACUUCCCUCCUAUAAAGGGCAGUCUCCCCAGUUAAACCUGAGAAGAUAUUUUGCAGACUUGAUUGCCAUUGUGAGCAAUCGCUUCAGACUCUGUCCUGCUGCUCGACACCUUGCUGUUUACCUGCUGGACCUCUUCAUGGAUCGUUAUGACAUAUCCAUUCAGCAGCUACACGUGGUUGCUCUUUCCUGCUUGCUUUUAGCGAGCAAAUUUGAAGAGAAAGAAGACAGUGUGCCUAAACUUGAACAGCUGAACAACUUGGGUUGUAUGACUAACAUGAACCUGGUAUUAACAAAACAGAAUUUAUUGCACAUGGAACUGCUACUGUUAGAAACCUUUCAGUGGAAUCUCUGCCUUCCAACUGCUGCUCACUUCAUUGACUAUUAUCUCUCCACUGCUGUUCAUGAGUCAGAUCUCCAUGAUGGGUGGCCAAUGGUUUGCUUGGAAAAGACAAAGCUGUAUAUGGCAAAAUAUGCCGACUACUUUUUGGAAGUCUCUCUGCAAGAUCAUGCAUUUUUAAAUUAUGCCCCUUCGUUAGUGGCUGCCGCGUGUGUGGCUUCUUCAAGGAUUAUCUUGCGUCUUUCUCCAACGUGGCCGGUGCGACUCCAUCGCCUUACUGCUUAUUCCUGGGAUUUCCUGGUGCCCUGCAUUGAACGACUAUUGGUUGCCCAUGAUAAUGAUGUAAAAGAAGCCAACAAGCAAAAAGGACAACAUAAUUCUCAGGCUGUGCCACACAGUUUAUUUCAAACAACAGCACCUCAGCCUCCACAGCAGACACAUCUACAGCAGCACAUCCCCCAGUAUGUUCAAGCACAUCAAACUCCUCUACAGUACCAUCACCAAACUGGACAGCAGCAAAAUUGUCAGCAUAUUGUGUCGUCUGGGCACACAUCUUCUUACCCACUGCAGACUUGCCCAAGUGGUUUACAAGGUGGUAUUCAAGCUCGUGGUCAUAUACAGACUGCUACAGGGGUGUCGUUAGCUGUACCCAUAGAAAUGAAGCCAUGUUUAAGUGUUUCCUACAACCGAAGCUACCAGAUUGCUGGACGCUACCCUUGUAUUACCCCUUGUUUUGAGAGGUGAUAACUAUAGAUUCAGCAGAACCCUACAUUCUGUUGGUGUCCCAGUAAACGAGGGCAGUAAUCUAUCAUUAAUCCUUUAUAAUUGAAGGGGAAAAGAUGGAAUGCAAAUUAUUUCAAAAUGGUAGCUCGGAUCAUGGAUUCUGUAGACAUGAGCAUGUUAACGGGAAUGCUUGUCCGACAGCAAUGGGGAAAAAUACUGCUGGGGCACAGAAGUUCUAUGUUGUCAGCUGACGCCUUCCCUCAAAAACUGGACUGACUGCAAGAUUUGGUCUUCCCAGGAAAAGAAGAGAUGCCGUGUAGUUUUUGGAGACCACUGUUUCUACACAUUUCCAUACAGUAUUGAACCAGACAUUAAAGUCCACCAAGUGCCAUGCUUUUCCAAAUAAGGGAGAGCAGUGUGGGUAGAAAAGAGUGCUUUUCCAAACUGUGGAGAGCCGUGUGGGAAAGAGGAGUAAACCUCUUGGUCUAAAUUAGUAGUUCAGUUCUCAUCCCUGUUUAUAGUUUUGGGUUUAGUGUUAAAAUGUCCUUGGAUUAAGCUUUUUUUAUGUCUUUAAAUUCAAAGUUACUCUGUCUUUGGUUUUUGGAAACUGUUUAGAGGUAAACAUACAAACUCAGGGAAUUAUAUAUAUUAAAAAAAUCUACUGUGAUACUAGUGCUCAGGAUCACUACAGUAGCAAAUACCAAAGGGAGUUGAGAUACUUGUCCGGAGUCUACUCCCUUAAUCUUAAAGUGCGUUUUGUAAUGAAAGAUGCUAUUUUUAAAAUGGGAGCCAAUAACGAACCAUAGCUGGUAGACUAUUGUUUGAUUUCCCACUAGCUUAUGCAACAAAUAUCAAAACACGUCUAAUUUUUAUUGUAUGACUUCUCAGUUUUGUAUGUGGGGAAAGGUACAGUUUAAAUGCUUAUAAGAAAUCCAGACUUAUAUGUGACAGCUGUAGAAUGAGUAGGAAGAAGAAAGUUCUCAGGUUAAACCAAGGCAGCUAAAUUUCCUGUUUGUAUGCAUCUACAAGUAUGGUUCUGUAUUUGUAUUGUUGCUGACUGAAAAAACACCUUCUGGUGUGAAUUAGACAGUUAUGUUAAUGGUGCUAAUUACAUAACUAUCAGAAUGGUGGUAGCCUCUUCACGUUUAAAUUUGUACUCUGUGUUCUUGCCAGAAGCAGAAUUAACUUGAGUGGGGAGAGCAAACAGGUGGUAAAGGUAUUAUAUGGAGUAUCUCCUCCACCUUGCACAGUUAGUUAAUUUAACUCUUUAUAUGAUGAGGCUAAAUCCAGGGAGGACUAGGUUGGGAGUAUAGGUGUAGGGCUCCCAUUCCAAUACCUGUUUCUAAAUAAUAUUGGGAUAGAACAUGAUUAUAGAAGUUUUGUUCAGUGGUGGACUUUCCUUGGAAAAGAAACGACUGCUCCCAACACUUGGUAUUUUAAGGGGAAAGGCAUAGCAUGAUCUUAGAGGUGAAUGUGCUUGAAGAAAAUAUUGUUUUUAAGUUAGAGGAGAAGCAAUCCUCUGUGUUGGCAAUUAUUCUAUGAAAGUAUUUUCAGGGUGACUGUGGCUGUCACAAUGGGAACAUCUUUUAUACAACAGAGAAUGCCCUUGCUAUUUCUUUCCUAAACUCAUUUUAGUAUUUCCCUGUUAACUUUUUGUCCUCCUUGAGAGAGGAAAAAUAUGGUUAGAUAAAAGAGGAAGGGAGGCAUUGUUCAGUGGUUUAAUUUGUGGUAUUUCAUUUUAUAUUUGGGGAUGAAAAACUGGAGAAUGCAUCUGAAAGGGAAAGAUAGUCAUCUCAGUUUGCAAAACUUAAACUCUCUUCAUCAUUUAACUACCUCAAUAACGCUUUGAAUGUACAGUAUCGUGGCAAUCCAUGACUAGAAAGAAUAGCAGAUUGCUUCAAAAAUUCUGAUAUUGGCUUCACUUUCAUCUUCCAUGUGUGAGAUGGCAAUGUAGUUACUAAUACAUCAGAGGAGUCUACUUUGUAGGCUUUACAUGCAAAUAUUAGUUAAUAAUUAACACUGGAAUUAUGGGUAGGGGAGGGGAGGGUAGGUUGUCUAGUUAAAACAGCAAAGCAAAAAGGAAUGGAGUGUUCUGUUUAAGUCACUAGGCUUAAUUGUUAAAAGAUCCACUACAUGCUAUUGAGUUGGGGGGGGGGGUUAUUUAUAGCCUUUUGAGUUUGACAUUAUCCUGACAAUUGAAUAUGCACUGUGAACCAUUUCCAGUUAUUUUUUUUUAAGCGGCUUGAUCAACCUCCACUGAAGCCACACACUACUUGAAAUUCUGAAUGCAGGUAUUAAAAUGUGUGUGUUGGGAGAAAUAUCCACAACAAAGGCAUCCAGAUGAGUGCCAUGCACUCUUUUAAAAAAUAAAACUAGUUUUGAGUAAAUCUCUCCAA